CUCGGCUCGCCCAUGUUCCCCAUCUAUUCACAUGGUGACAUGAUUAACCCCAAACAAUUACGUUGAUCGCUAGUCUUCUCCCUGUGCCAGACCUAUUUCUCCACCUCCAUCUCGCGUGUCUGCUUUCUGGAAUAACUUUAUCAGACGCAUCCGAAUAUACUAUCUUGUCUUAUCUUGGCUUCAAGAUAGACUUAGUGGUCUCUAAUAGUUGCAUACAAAACAAUCCAACACCAUGCCUCUAAACUUGGAGAAACAACUUCUUUUUUAUGGUGCCUACCAUCACAAUCCAGUCAAUGUCGGGAUUCAUAUGACAUUCGUCCCCAUUCUCCUAGCGACAGGCUUCCUUCUGGCUACGAACACACCUACCUUGUUUACCCUUCCUAAUGCGCUGCAGUACAAGUAUCUCCCUCCCAAUCUCGGAACGAUCGGUGGUUUCGUCUACUCGUUCAUAUAUAUCUUAUUGGAACCUGUGGCCGGAGCUCUCAUCGCGCCGGGGAUCAUCGGGACAACGGCAUUUGUGAACUACCUGACCAUGACUUAUGGUAUGACUGCAACUUAUUGGGCAGCCGCUGUUCACGUCGUGUCAUGGCUGGUCCAGUUCAUCGGCCACGGCGUUUUUGAAAAGAGGGCACCCGCCCUGCUGGACAAUUUGAUCCAAGCCUUCCUGCUCGCUCCGCUCUUUGUCUGGAUGGAGAUCUUGUUUGCCCUAGGAUACCGUCCGGAGCUGAAGUCGAGGCUCGACACGGCUGUGGAAAAGGAGAUUGCUCGUUUUAAACAGCAGAAUGGUUCUGCGAAAGCGGCGAACGCAAAAUAAAUAUACCAGCCGCUGUUUUCGCAGGAAUCGUCAAAGACGUAUCAUGGUGUGUCCGAUCUGUAUCACGAGGAAGACCAGGUCUCACGCGCAGCAAAAUCUGAUUUUAUGCCGCUUUGUAGCAUUGGCACAUCAUUGAGCAUGGGAGUCGACGCAUGGUAAAAACUGUUCUCUCCGCUCUUUAGCAAUAACGAUCGUUCGGCGUUGGGUUUCCAUGCGACGUUUCGCUCCUUCAUUCCCAGCCGCGGGUGUCGACGAGGAACUUGGGACCCGACUGGGUGACUAAGCAAGCUACCGCUUUGCAGGUCAGUCUUUUUCGGCUUGCUACACUACUAUCUAAUCAUCGAGUGAGCAAAGACGCUGUUACGAAUAAUGAAAUCAAACAAUUUGAAA